ACAACGGUACAACCGUCACUUGACCACUGGCCGGCCAUGAGCUGCAGGCACGGCUGCCACGCCCACACCAUGGGUUCGCACGUUUGCAUCUCGUUGCGACCCAGACGUCACCGGCGCACAUGAGCACUCUUCGCCCGUCGUCGAGGCUAGUGGGAAAUUGCGUCGAUUUCGCAAAUUCGCCCUUUCCAUCCGAAAAGGGACGAUGCAGCUUGGCGGCUGACUGUAACACCAUCACCGACUUGUAGACACAAAGUGCGAGAUGCUGGAGUAUAGAAGCAAGUGGUGAGUACUGCCUGGUAGGUUCUUCAUAAACACUUUGUUCAACCUUCUCGGUUUUCGUCUCUUGCAAGUCACAAACAUCAUGUCUCGUACAGCUCAGAUGCUGGUAGCAGCGCAGAGAGCCUCACGAUUCCCAACUCGCCGACUGCACAGCCUACCAUGCUCGGCGUUUCGAUCUCCACCGAAUCAACGACUCCUUUUCUCACACAAAGUUGAUUCGCCUCAAGAAAAUCCACCAUCGUCUUUCAGCCUGUGGGCUCAAAUCAAGGAGGCACGACCGGCCGUACGUUUCACUGUCUAUGCUGGCUUAGGGCUGAUGGCCACGGCCGAGUCGACAUUUUGGUUCAACGUCAUCAAAGCUAAAUACUUUCCUUCGACCCGUGAAGAUGACAAGGAGAAGGCCGAGCAACUACUCAAAGACUUCCAGGCUGCAGUGAAAGGUUACAGGGCCGUAUGGAUGAGGAACUAUGGAAGAUACUACGGAGCCUACACUUGGGGCCUCGGGUACGGCGGUCUCGAUGCUCUGGAACCUAUAGAUCCCAAGCGUCACUGACCUGGAGGCAGAAUGAUAGUCUCGUCUAGGCACAGAAGGGUUAUGACAAGUUAACUUCCCUCACCACUGUUUGUAUACUGCAUAGCUGGCUGGUUGGACGUGUUUAGGUGCAGCGCGUUGCCUCUCCAUACUCUCUCCUUCGCUCACAUACCCUCCGAGUACAAACCGAACUCUCAUUUACA